AUGACUCCAACGCCGCCAUCAACAUCAUCAAGCGUGGGCGCGCAUUCUCCCGAGGGCCAGUAUAGGGUGGUUAGGAAGCGAAAUAGGGUGCCGCUUUCGUGCGCGCCUUGUCGGCAGAGAAAAUUGAAAUGCAAUCGCUCACAUCCUUGCGAAAACUGCAUCAAACGAGGAGAUGCUUCCUCCUGCACUUAUGCUCAACCAGGAUCGCGAAAGAAAAGUUCACCACAGAGUUCGUCCACCUCUCCAGAUGAUAUGCAGAAUAGGAUAGAUCGGUUGGAGAAUUUAGUUCUCUCACUCAUGACGAAUGGAUCGCAAGCGGCUGGACCGGCGGCAGCAGUUGCAGCUUUAUCCCGACACAAUAGUGUUGAAUCCGGGCAGAAUUACCAGGAUCUGGAAUUGGACGACGACGUUGAUGGGCACAAUGAAGAGAGUGAUACAGAAGCUGUGACCAAAUCUUUUGGCAUCAUGAAGGUCGACAAUAAUAAAUCAAUGUACAUCAGCGAGGCCCAUUGGGCAUCUGUUCUGAAUGAUAUUGCGGAGGUUCGCCAAUUCUUCCAGAAUUCGAGAAAACAGUACGAAGAGCAAGCGCAGAAGAUACAGGCCACAAAGCCAGAAGCCGAUACUACCACCAUGUUACUUUUUGGCUCGGUAAAGGCACCCAGCAAAUCCGAGAUUCUUGCCUCCUUUCCUUCGCGGUACAUCACAGAUAUGCUGAUAGCACGAUUCUUUAACAAUCGCGGCCAUGGUCCUGGUGCUUAUGUUCUCCACGUUCCAUCGUUUCAAAAAGAUUACAAUGAGCACUGGAAAGACCCCUCGGCUUCAUGUCCGGUUUGGAUUGGUAUGCUUUAUGCCAUGAUGCGACUAGCUAUGCUUUCUUAUUACCACGACGGUGAAGAGCCGCCAGAAUUCAAGGGCAAAUCACUCGAUAUGUCAAAAUCUUUCCGCCAUCUCAUGUGUCAAUGCUUGAUUCUGGCGGACUACACGAAACCAUACCCAUAUCUUAUUGAGACACUUGUUCUUCACAUGCAUGCUGAUUUCAGCGAGACUAAGGAAGCUAACGUCCGUGUAUGGAUUCUUUGCGGUAUAAUCGCACGAUUAGCCAUGCGCAUGGGCUACCAUAGAGACUCGAAAAUGUUCCCCAACAUUACACCUUUCCAAGGUGAGAUGCGAAGAAGGGUGUGGGCAUAUCUUGGACAGGCAGAUCUUCUUUUCUCGUUCCAGGUCGGCAUGCCCAGUAUGCUACGGCCUGGAGAUACCGAUACCGAGCUGCCGCGAAAUCUGUUCGACGAAGAUUUUGGCCCAGAUAGCAAAGAGAUACCGCCAGCCAGGCCCAACGACCAGUCAACUCCGGUGUCAUAUAUGAUUGCCAAAAGUCGCUUGUCGGCAGCUUUUGGUCGGGUUAUUGAACAUACCUCGCUUGUCAAGAAUGCGCCAUAUGAAGUUGUGAUUGAUAUAGAUGCCGAGCUUCGACGGGCUCGAGAUUUGAUUCCUGAACAUCUCAGAGUACUUCCGUUUGACGAGUGUACGAUAGAGUCGACUGAUUCGAUCUUGAUGAGAUAUUACGUUGAGAGCGUCUACCACAAGGCACAAGUCGUCCUACACCGAAGAUAUAUUGGUCGUGCCCGAGAAAACCCCCGGUUCACCCAUUCGCGUAGGACAUGUAUUGAUUCGUCAAUGGAACUGUUGCGAUAUCAGGCCAUUUUCUACAACCAGAAGCUACCUGGCGGCCGUCUUCUAAGCAAAAUUCGAGAUAACUCUCUCAAUAAUAGCAACUACUUGCUCUCUGCGACAGUGAUAUGUCUCGACCUCUAUCAGGGAAUGCAGCUGCAGGCCGCGGGACGACCUUCAGGUGAUGUCUACAUUUGGGGCCGGGAACGCCGCGACGAAAUGCUCGCCGCUAUACAACAAGCAAGAGAUAUCUGGCGAGCUCAAAGCGACGAGUCGAUGGAGUCAUGGAAAGCAGCAGGUAUGAUGACCGUUAUGCUUGAGAAAUUGAACAUGACGCCGCCACAUUCGACCGACAUGAAUAGCACACCCAUGCUUGAAGUCCAUGAUGAGAAGCAGAGUGCUGCGAUGACUCUCGGACUUUUGAGUAGCGGUAUGAGCCCUCAAGAUACCGGAACUGGAUUUACAGAUCCGUUCAAGAAUACAGACUCAAUCUUGUCACCAUCAGCUCUCGCUGGAGGGGCUACGGAUAUGGGCUUCUCAUCACCAUUCAAUAUGCUCGGGCAAAUGCCCGACAUGCAACUUGACUGGAACGCCUGGGACAGCUACAUAGGCAACACAACCCUCGACAAUAACAAUAACAACAACCCCAACCCCCUCUGGCCGAUGUUCGACAUCCCCUCCCAGAUGAUCUCGCCGAUUCCAUCCUCGGCAUCUGGCGGUCAACCAACACCAUCUACCACAACCACCAACGGAACAACAGGCACGCCAGGUGGUCGAAGCGCAUCAUCAAUGGACAAUAUCCGAAACCGUAUACGAAUGCCAGGUGUCAUCCCCUCGGAUACGGGUAUGACGUAUGAUUCAGCGAAUCCGUCGAUUUUCAUGGCUGGGCCGAAUGGAAAUAAAAUUGAUUAA